ACCUCCGCCCCUGCGAGAUGGCCUCCUGGUCGACAGGUCCCGGAGGGUAGCCCCCGAGGAGUGGGAGCUGCGCGUGUCGGGAGGGCCCAGGCAGGCCUCAUACCGACUGGGGCUCGAGUUGCCCCAUUUGCCGACUGGGAGCCCCUGUUUUCGUCUGCGAAAUGGGAUGCUGAUGCUUGUCUCGCAGGGCUUUUGUGACCAUUAAGGAUACGAGCGGUCGGUAGGACGCUGACAGCUCUUGUUUUGGAGUGUGUACACGUCCAUGAUUCCUAGGGCUGCGUCCCUGUUAGAUGAGUCACGUUGAAGCAUCUGGCCCGAGGCAGAUAGGUACUCUGAGCUUGGAGAGGUAGUUCUCACCCACCUGAUAGGAUGGUACUCCUGAAUCAUCAGACCCAGCCUGUGUCAUGGGCCAGGUCUCAGCAAGCACCCUGCUCUGGGUGUCAUACAAGACCCUAUGUGGAAUGCAGACGGGAGCAGACCUAGGUCCUGCUCUUGGGAUCGACCCCUAUUACUAAGUCUUCCCAAAGUCUUACCAGACUUUACUGGUUUUCUCUAAGAACAGGUCUCUUGUAUGUCGCUGGUGACAUCCAUGGAGGGAUGGUAAAGGUUCUGCCACAGAGCAUCAGAAAGUGCUAGUUGGACUGAGCCCUCUGGAGGUGCCCACCCAUCCCAGCCUGGAUACCUACACUGGGCAGGUGCUCACACACACUGUAAUUCAUGUGGCCUGCACUGUGUGUAAAGUCCAUGUGUUGGACCCGCGUGUUGGUGAGACCUGCUCAACACACAGGAAAGCCCAGUCCUCCCCGGACAUGCCUUGGCCAGACAGGAUUGUAGUGAGAGCCCUGAGGCCACAAAGAGCCGAGGUGCAGGGGUCAAGGGGUGCUUGUGGGUAGAUGCAUGCUCUCAGCCUCUCUCUUCUCUCAGCUCAGAGCCCUGGUGCUGUGGAGGAGAUUCUAGACCGGGAGAACAAGCGGAUGGCCGACAACCUGGCCUCCAAGGUCACCAGGCUCAAAUCGCUGGCCCUGGACAUUGAUAGGGAUGCAGAGGACCAGAACCGGUACCUGGACGGCAUGGACUCGGAUUUCACGAGCAUGACGGGUCUACUUACGGGGAGCGUGAAGCGCUUUUCCACAAUGGCGCGGUCUGGGCGAGACAACCGGAAGCUUCUGUGCGGUAUGGCUGUGGGCCUGAUCGUGGCCUUCUUCAUCCUCUCCUACCUCCUGUCGAGGGCAAGGACGUGAGCCAGUGGGAACUGGCUUCUGUGGGUGCCUGGAGCACACAGAAUCUUCCUCUGCCUGGCAUCCUGGGCUCUGGAGGACCUGCCUACAAAAUACUCUUUUGAAAUGAUGAUCGUGGCUUAGGACUCUUCUUCCUGUGUGGCUGGGAGCCUCUGACCCCGUGAGCUCAUGUUUGCUUGUCCUGUGUGUGCAAGGGGCCCAUCCCCUUUGGAAAACCAAAGCCCAGCUCUCUCUACCACCUUGAAUGCUAGAAGCCCCAGUAGGGCCUGGCCUAAGCAGAGCACCUGGGAAUGGACACGGCCACCUGUGGCAGCAGGCUUUCCCCUGGCUCUCAGGGUUCUGACAUCUCAAGGCUCCUCUGCCCUGUCCUUGUCUGGAUAAGGCCACAUCUGGUACUUGAGAUGCCUGGAGUUGACACAGGAAGGGGGUGUGGCUGUGAACCUCGAACCAUCGCCGUCACCUUCGACCAAGAGUCUUCGGUCUCAGAGAUGGCAGUUGUUCCUGUCCAGGGCUGCUGGGCACCAGCGGACCAGUGAGAGCCAAGGGUCCUCUCAAGAGGCCUCUGCCUGCCCUCCAGUUCCACGACUGAAGCCAGACCUUCAGGGAAGGCAGGGGGUUGAGGAUGGAGGAGUGAACUGCAGCCUUGGCUGAAGGCACAGAGCCCAGAUCCUUGUGGAUCUCCCAGGCAUAUAUCCAGGAGCAGAAACUGACAACUUCUCAGGAUUCAGGAUCUACCUGGCACCAGAGACCAGAUCUCUACAAAUAGGCCCAUCGGGCAUUUCAGAGUCAGGCAGGGUGUGAGGAGGGCCUCGUGUGGUUAUAGACAGGAAGCUUCAGGUAAGGGCUCUCUUCACAGAACCUAUAGAUUGCUUCUUCAGGGUCAUGGGUAGUUUCCACCAAGCCUGGCCCUUCCACCUGCAACAUUCUCUUGCCUCUCCCUGCACUCUCAUUCCCCACUUGGCCAGUCCCCUGCUCACACGAACUGAACCACAGGCCCAGACAAACCAGUGUCUUUUUCUUGCCCCACUGUGAGAUCCCAGCAUUCUUAUCUUCACAUAAAAACACCUGUAAGAAGCACGUCAUUAGCCCUGUGUCCUUUCUUCUCUGUGUCCCCGUCUUCUGCCGUCAUGGUUACUCCCUCUUACUCCCCAAGGCCCAUUGGCUCCCUGUCCACCUACUCGCACACUCAUACCACUUGUGGUCACACAUGUCAGCCACAGCCUGGCACCUGUGGGCCCCUGCCGCCUGCCUCGCUCUGCCUCUGGCCACCUGAGCUGCUGGCGCUGCUGCUGCUGCUGCUACUCCUCUCCCUUGCUGUCCACCCAGCAGGCCUGGCUCUCAUGCACUCACCACAGCACCCUUCUCUCUUCUACCCGACCUGGAUGGGCCCCUCAGCCUCCUGAGGAGGAGGAUCCCACCUCUGAUUUCUGUUCUGACUGCCCCCACCCCCCCAGCACGUGCUGCUUUCUCACCCGGUGAGGUUGGCUUCCUUGCCUCCAUGUCUCUGGGCUUGGCUGUUUCCCUGCCCUCCUUGAAACCCUUCACAGGCCCUGUGGCCUUGCCCUAGUCUGCACUGGCCCUGCGCACCACAGCUUUGGCUUAGUGCUCACUCAUCUCGGGUUGAACCUCGUCGAGGGGACUGGCCCACUGCUCACCAAGCUCAUGGCUGUUGCCCGUGUAGCAUCUCCAUCUGGUUGUUGCAGGCACUGCAGGCACACCCAAACCUGAGCUCUGUCGCCCCCCCCCCCGCUUCUGGGCCUGCUAACCUUGCUUCUUGAGAACGUGGCUCAGCCGUGGCAGCCACGCCCCUGAGCACCAGAGGAUGCCCUUACAUGCUGGGCCCACUCGACUUGCCAACACAGACCAGGAGUUUAGAGUUUGCACGUCUAACUCGGUGUCCUCCAGGAGUGCUUUGCCAUCUCAGACCUCCGGCUGCUACAUUUUCUCUGCAGCCCUUCUAUCUAUUUUGGGGUCUGAGUUGUAGUUUCUCCAGUUUACUUUUUUGUUUCUCAUUCUUACUGUUAGAAUGAGUUCCUGAAGGGGCCGUGUGUCACUGUGUCAGUAGAGUUUCCUGCGAGGCUUUCUCCCUCCUCCCACUCAGCCUUAUUCCUGUGGAUAAGUCAGGUUUGUGGGUGUUGAUCCCUAAGACUGUAAAGCAGAGCAGGAGUUGGGGCCCCUCUGUGCCAAGUGAACACAAGCUGCCAGGCUCUAUCCGUAAGUCAAGGACAAGGCAUUUAGCAAUAAAAAUAAUUUGGAAUAAACAGCCUCGUGAUGAAGUAAACACA